GUGUUUAUUUCAAAUAAAUGGCUCUUCGAGCCUAAAUCCUGCUUCGCAGAAAUCAGAUAAUAUAUCAGCAGAGCUGGCACGGCCAAGAUCUGCAAUUACUGAAGGUGAUGAAAAAAAUACGCAGAUAAGUACUCUUAUGCUGGCUCAUGAUGAUAUAGAUGAUACAAAGUAUCAAACCCCAGAAAUAAAAAAGAAUAUGAUACCGAUUAGCACAAAUGUACUAGCUUAUGCUAAAUCUCAUCCUCAGAUUUAUAAUAUCACAAAAGAAGGAAUAAAGAAUUACCUAUUGUAG